AACUUCAUAAGAAUCAUUUUGCUCAAUAUCAUUAUUAUAUAAAUUACAUGACAUACAAAUGAUAAGUAUUCAUUUACCUAAGGAUAGCCUAUAAAAGCCUUCAGUUGUUAAAAGCUUAUUUCCAAUGGGAUCCUUAUUUAAGAGUUAAGUUAAAAACAACAAAAAUGCACUACGAAUUAAUACAGUAGAAUUUAGGGAGAAAACUGGAAAUGAAUAAAGCAUUAUGCUUUGAAAAAUGAUAUGUUUCCAUAAAUAUUUUUUAAUAACUUAAAAGUAAUAACAAUACAAGAUAAAAAUGGAUUUGGACAAGCAUUCAUAUAGUAUCUCUUGUAUUAGUACGCAAGAAAGGUGUCUUGCAAAGUAAUUAAGGGAUUCAUCUUGCUGAAUCAUUAGAUUGUGAAUCCAUCCCCAUGUACUUUCCAUUAUUCAGAGAAAAAUUAAAAGUUAACUCCUUUUGCAUUCCAAAUAAAGUUAAAUAUACCUUUAGUUAAUAUUUAUAUUUACGUUUGACGUUUUCCGCUUCAAUGAGAAUAAGCCACAAAUGUCACGGCAUGUGUCUCUUUCGUAUCCGCCCUCGAAACUGUGUGACCCAUAUCAGUGUCACACCUCAGUGAAUUAAUAAUAACUCGUUUUUAGACACUUUCGGGACAAGAAGACAUAAACACUUGUGUUACUUAAAUAAGGCGAAAAUGGCGGGGUUUCAUAUAACACUAUACGGAUUAUUUCACGGUUUAUCGUGCCUUGUCUGGUUUACGUACGGGGAUUUUGAUUUGACAGUUCUUCAUACGAAUGAUGUCCAUGCACGUGUGCAAGAAAUGGAUCGCUACGGUGGGCAGUGUACUAACAAGGACUGUUUCGGGGGAGUCGCCCGGCUAAAAACAAAAGUACAGGAAAUAAGGAACCAGUUUCCAAACACCCUAUUACUGGAUGCCGGGGAUCAGUUUCAGGGAACUCUUUGGUUUCAUCAUUUUGGUGGGAAUAUAACAUCCACCACUAUGAAUGAACUCGGAUAUGACUUCAUGGCGCUCGGAAAUCACGAGUUUGAUCUAAAAAUCAACGGCAUCCUGCCUUUUCUCAAGGACGUGCAAUUUCCGGUUUUGAGCGCAAACAUCGACACUUCCAAGGAACCCUCAAUCUCUCCGUUUGUUGCUAAAAGUCAUGUGGCCCUGGUUGGCGGACAGCAGAUUGGAAUUGUGGGAUACACGACAAAAGACACUCCUAUUAUUUCUUCACCAGAGUCUUUAAUCUUCAACGAUGAAGUCACUUCCGUGCGCACAGAGGUCCAAAAGCUUACCAGUCAGGGCAUCAAUAAGAUUAUCGCCCUUGGACACGCGGGAUUUGAAGUAGACAAGAGAGUAGCAGAGAUCGCUGAUGUGGACAUCGUAGUAGGCGGUCAUACAAACACGUUUCUAUAUACAGGGACUCCACCGUCCAAUGACAAGCCAGUAGGGGAAUACCCUCACGUAGUCCAGAAGUCUGGGGGCGACCAAACCCUGGUGGUCCAAGACUACGCCUUCGGAAAGUAUCUAGGCUUUCUACAAGUGAAGUUCGAUGAUAACGGAAAAAUUAUAACUUUUGGUGGAAAUCCCAUUUUAUUGAAUAGUUCGAUACCAAAAGAUACAGAUCUAAAGGGCAAGAUAGAUCUUCUAUACAGUGCCAUUGAAGAAUCAAACCAGAAAACAAUAGGGCGGGCAUUGGUUACUUUAGAUGGACACACAUGCAGACUGAGAGAGUGCAAUUUGGGAAAUGCGAUUGCGGAUGGAUUUGUCUACCAAAACUUAAAAGACGCAGACGACAUAAAUGGUACGAGGGUUUAUAUCUCGCUUGUCAACGCUGGCUCAAUUCGGGCGUCUAUAGACAGAGGCCAGAUAAUUCUAGGAAAAUUAUACGAAGUUCAGCCGUUCCGGAAUACCAUAGACACGAUUCAACUCCAGGGCUGGUAUUUACGUCAAGCACUUGAGCACAGUGCCGCAUCCUACAACGAAAGUUACCCGGAUGGAGGUUUUCUCCAAGUCUCUGGAUUGCGGAUUAAAUACAAUAUUAACAAGCCCGUAAAUCAAAGGGUUGUAGAAGUCAAAGUCCUGUGCGCAGAUUGUGAUAUUCCGGAAUACAAAUUAUUAGAUGACGAUAAGAUGUACGGGAUCAUACUGUCCAAUUUUCUACUGACCGGCGGAGACGGCUACUCUGUGAUCAAAGACCACGCCAAACAGGGCCACAUUGUGGGUAAAUUGGACACGGACACGCUUGCCGACUACGUGAGAGACUUCAGUCCACUUUACACAGCUAGGGAGAACAGGAUAGAGUUCGUGGGUGACACUUACACGUGCGGCACAAACAGUGGCGACAUGCUGAAAAUUAACUUUUUCCAGUUAUGGUUAAUAGUAUAUAUCUUUCAAAAGCUUUACUCUGAUGUGUGACAUCAUUGAUGUUCAUUAAAAAUCAUUCUUAAGUAGAUUCCUUUAUUUUGCCAUUGAAUACGUUUAUGCCCCUGAAAUUCAAAUGGACGCAGUAAUUAUAGUAUUGAUUCACUGUACAAAGGGACAUUUUGUUGUGUGAUUCCGAUCCCUCUGAUAAUUGCAACAUGUGACUUUAAACUCAGUACAUUGUAAUGUCCAAAUGGGUCCUUCAGGUCAGUGUUAACUUAAUCAUCAAAGUAUGAAACUAUAAUUCUUACUAAUUGUGACCACAUUUGAGUUUGUUAGAUGGGUUGGCUCUGUGUUUUUGUUAUUUGUUCGUUUGUGUGUAUUUUUUUUCUGUUUUUGUUAUUUGUUCGUUUGUUUAUUUAAGUUGUUUUUUUUACUUGUUCACUGUCUUUUAAAUGAAAAGAGACAAUCUAAGUGUGGACAAGUACUGUAUAAAUCGCCACUUGUAGGUUAUUUUUUCCGCACUUCUGACAUUUUUGUCCCUAUCUUCAGCUUUUUACCAUGUCAAUAAUGUCACUCCAGCGGCGAAUGUUUUUUAACGUUGCUAAGUAUGUAAUAAAUCCAGAGGUGCUCAAAUAAAAGUGAACGAGACUUCCCCGAGAUUUGUUCAGUUCCUGUGAAAUUUAGAGCGAAGUAUAAGUGUUCGGAUAAUAUUCUCAAAAUACUUAAGACUAGUACUGAUCGUUUUUUAUAUCAUAUCCUACUUUGAAUCAUGUUAAAACAUGAAAACCUAUUAAGAUUUAUGUCUUAUUUCAUAAUCUAGCGAUUAUUUAAACUGAACGAAGAUAUUCAGAACAGGGUUUUCGUUCAUGUUCAACC